AUGUUCAAGUUCAGGAAAAAACUCAAAAAUAAGUUGAAAUCAUCGAAAAUCGAGUGCCAGCGAGACGAUUUCAGUGUCCUUUCGAAUGAUUCCGUUCCGGGUGCGAAGCCGGCUACGAAAACAAUCGCUUUCGAAGCAGGUACCAGCAGCGACAGCAGUAGUGACACAGACAACACCUACAGUAGCGGCAACGUGGAUCUUCCGAGACCACCUCCCGGCAGUCCGGAUGAUGGGAUUCACUCUAGCCAAAACAGCGACCAGCAUUCGUCGCCUCUGAGCUACAACUGUUGCUACAGUUAUAAUUUUAACAUUAAUUAUAACUUUUCGCCACCUCCCCACAGUUGCAACGCUGCUGGUGGGGUUGGACAUCCGCCACCGAAAUGGUGUGACGAGGAUAUAUGCGAAGAAUUGACCCGCUUCGAAAGUAAUAGUAAUUUAGUUUCGGAAAGUUCGAUUGAACCUAGCCGAAAGGGUCGAAUCGGCAGAAAAGUACGGCCGGUGUCAACUGAGAAGAGUAAAAGAAGUACAUCCAGUAUGUCAUCCAAAGUGACACCCAUGAACCCUAGACUGAUGAAAGUUGGAAUGAAUGGUCCAAAGUGUCUAUCGACGAGCGAUUUGUCCACCUACAAAGGCAGUAUGUUCAGUGAGAGCAGUCAAGACUAUCAAAAUAUCUGCUCUCGUCUCAAUUCGGUGAAGGUGACUGAGAUAUUGGACAGAAACGGAGUAAACCUGACGGAUCACGAUAGGAGAAUUCUGCACUGCAUGGUUCUGAAGCGAAUCAAAGAGAUUGAGCGCCUGGAAGAAUCCGUAGUAGCAAAACAAUGCUGGGAACAGGAAAAACUGUGCAGGAAAACGUUACUUGAUGAGCAGGAACGGAACUAUAAAAAAGCCAUUCGCCAGAAAAGAAACAUCGAACAAAUUGAAAUCCGAAAUCGAAAGCAGCGACUGGAAAGGCUCGAACAACAACAGAUCGAGAAAAUCCAGAACGAAAUAACGGAAAAAGAUAUUCGUUCGAGCAGUCUGCUAAAAACCCUCGAGAUUCAGAAAGGCAUCAAGGAGUGCGAGAAGAAAAGCCGCGAACUGAAGCGCAUGGAAGAGGCUACAAUCAAUCAGGAGGAGAAAACGCUGGACAAAGACAUCUGGCGGCAGUCUUUGGUCGAUCAACUGGAGGAACGUGUUCAGCGUGCGGACGAGCUUCGCCAUCGGGUUCUUGACGUGUACCGGCGACGGUUGAAAAUUGACAAUCAGCUAGAGCGGAAAAUGCAUUCGCACAACCUGAAGCAAACGCUGGAACAGGAACGGUACAAGCUGCUGCAGCUCAAGGAACGCAUUCUGGUGCGGGAAAGUCGUUUCCAGCGGUUCAAGGACAGCAAGAAACGUAUUUUUGACCAGUUAAGAAGUCGUGCCAAAACGACUGCCGCGCUGAGAGAUAUGGUGAAGCAUUCCAUCAGUCCCGAUACGUGCCCGAAGACGAUAUCCGGAAGUCAACGGGUGCUGAGUGUGGUACAGGUGAAAUAG